CCACUUCCCCGGGAUAGGAGGCGUUGUCCCACGGUUCUGCUGCUCAGGCGUCACUUCUAUGCAGAAACCGGCUAUCAUGCAAAGGGACAUACACUAGAUAAAGCCUAUACAUAAAAUCGAACGGUGCAGGUAUAUUUGUGUCUUCGUUCGUGCUAUUAUUAGGGGUUGCUUGUCCAGGAUAUAGGUUACGUUGAAAUAUCAUAUAUAAUAUCAUCGUAGUCUUUUCGUGCACAAAAUGAUCAAGAACGGACAUCACCCAAUGAACACAACAGGGAAAGAUGCAGGGACGAACCUCGGCGCUACAGCUUGCAGUCCGGAGAAGAGAAGACGAACCAUCCGGGUGUGGUGUGACGGGUGCUAUGACAUGGUCCAUUAUGGUCACUCCAACCAGCUGCGGCAGGCCAAGGCCAUGGGAGAUUACCUCAUCGUUGGAGUACACACAGACGGUGAAAUCUCACAGCACAAGGGUCCCCCGGUCUUCACCCAGGAUGAACGAUACAAGAUGGUGAGAGCCAUCAAGUGGGUGGAUGAGAUAGUGGAGGGAGCGCCCUACGUCACCACGCUGGAGACCCUGGACAAGUACACCAGUGACUUCUGUGUGCACGGAGAUGACAUCACACUAACAGUGGAUGGGAAGGACACAUACGAAGAGGUGAAGAGGUCAGGGAGGUACAGGGAGUGCAAGCGAACCCAGGGAGUUUCUACCACAGACCUGGUCGGUCGCAUGCUACUGAUGACCAAAGCCCACCACAGCAACAUAGGCCAUUCAGACUAUCAACAGCACACAGACAACUUUGGCAAGGGUCCUAAGGGCCACAGUCCGUGGACGGGGGUGUCCCAGUUCCUCCAGACGUCCCAGAAGAUUAUCCAGUUUGCCUCAGGACAGGAGCCUCAGCCUGGGGACACCAUCAUCUAUGUGGCUGGAGCCUUCGACCUCUUCCAUAUUGGCCAUGUGGACUUCCUGGAGGCGGUUUCCAGGCUUUCAGACAACCCAUAUGUUAUAGUGGGGUUACACUUUGACCAGGAGGUGAAUCGCUACAAAGGGAAGAAUUACCCCAUCAUGAACGUCCAUGAGAGAACACUCAGUGUGCUGGCCUGUCGAUAUGUCUCUGAGGUGGUGAUUGGUGCGCCUUAUGCAGUCACUUGACCAGGAGAGUUACUAGACCACUUCAAGGUGGACCUUGUGUGUCAUGGGAAGACAGAGGUGCAUCCUGACAAAGACGGGUCGGACCCCUAUGCUGAGCCCAGGAAGAAAGGAAUACUGCACACUGUGGACAGUAUGAACAGCCUCACCACUGAUAGUAUUGUUCAGAGGAUCAUCAAAAACAGGCUGCUGUUCGAGGCCAGGAACCAGAAGAAAGAGGCCAAAGAGAUGGCUGUGAUCCAGGCCAUGAAGAGAAGAGAGGAGGAGAAGGGCAAGGAGAGAGCCCAGGCUGUGCUCUAGGACGACAGGCCCGAAGGAGCCCUCCCACCACGAGGAACCAUUGACCACCCUUAGGGUCAAUCUGAGACGGACUAAACCCAAUACAUCUAACCCCCACCACCAAUGCAGCGCAGUCAAUCCACCUCACCUGGGUUCCAACUCCCAACCAACACCCUCCAGGUCACACAGUCUCCUUACCGACAGCCAGACAGCGAGCCUUUGUUUUCCACAUGCAGUAUUCUUACAAUGGGAGUUCUGUUGUAGGUUCGACAUGGUAACAUGUUAGGUGAGGCUGUUUUCUUUGUCUUAAUAUCUUAAUACAGGCUGUAUGCAUUUACAUGUUCUUUAUUUCUUAUGGUUAGACAAACCACCUUAACAGUAUAGACCUCUCACUGUCUCCCUUCCUCACUGAGUUAGAACCAGACAAGGAACCAGAAGGCCCAACAUAGUCACUGAGUUAUAACCAGACAAGGAACCAGAAGGCCCAACAUAGUCACUGAGUUAUAACCAGACAGGGAACCAGAAGGCCCGACAUAGUUACUGAGUUAUAACCAGACAAGGAACCAGAAGGCCCAACAUAGUCACUGAGUUAGAACCAGACAAGGAACCAGAAGGCCCAACAUAGUCACUGAGUUAUAACCAGACAAGGAACCAGAAGGCCCAACAUAGUCACUGAGUUAUAACCAGACAAGGAACCAGAAGGCCCAACAUAGUCACUGAGUUAUAACCAGACAUGGAACCAGAAGGCCCAACAUAGUCACUGAGUUAUAACCAGACAGGGAACCAGAAGGCCCAACAUAGUCACUGAGUUAUAACCAGACAGGGAACCAGAAGGCCCAACAUAGUCACUGAGUUAGAACCAGACAAGGAACCAGAAGGCCCAACAUAGUCACUGAGUUAUAACCAGACAAGGAACCAGAAGGCCCAACAUAGUCACUGAGUUAUAACCAGACAGGGAACCAGAAGGCCCGACAUAGUUACUGAGUUAUAACCAGACAAGGAACCAGAAGUCCCAGCCUAGUCUUGUGGAACCAGACAGGUGUGUCUCUAAACAAAUCUGGCUGUGCAAGUUAACGCCAGGCUAAUAUUUGUUUUCUAAAUAAUUAUCAUAACGCAAGUUAUUUUUCUUGGGGUUGAUUGAGCUUUAUUUAAACAGGAGAAUUAUGAAUGAUUCAUUUCUGGGAGAAAUAGUGUGGUUAGGUUGAAGUCUGUCAGGCGAGGCUUGGGCUUGUUGCUUUGGAGACCCAUCAAACCACCUCUGCUGCUCCUCGCACAGCGAUUGUUGAACAACCAACACAUUGGAUGCAUCCAAAAUGGCACCGUUUUUCCUAUAUAGUGCGCUAUGUUUAACAUGGACCUGAUGGUCAACAGUAAUGCAUUAAAUAGGGAAUAGGAAGUCAUUUCAGAUGCAGCCGUUGUCAUUCUCCAAGGGACUGUUGCUGCUGUCAUCGUGGCAAUAGGCUGAUCCCCUCACAACUUACAGUCCUAUCUUAUCUAUCUCUGUAUAUAUGUACUGUAUGUAUGUAUUAUAAAUUAAUAUUAACCAGGAGAACUCUCUGGAAGAUGUUGAAACCACUAGAGGUGUUCAGGGGUGGGUUUGAAAAUGUACCAUCUCUGUGAGAGCCUAUUGGUUGAUUUUACCUUGAGAAAAGCUGAGGUCAUUAAUGAUUCAAGCUUUCUAUCAGAGACUACCCUCAGCUUUCUGACAGUUUUAAUCCCUUUCUAGAAGAGAAACGGAAUUGAAUAUUACACUCUUAGAAAAAAGGGUUCCAAAAAGCUUAUUCGGCUGUGCCCAUAGGAGAACCCUUUUGGGUUCCAUUUUCAAUCCAGGUAGAACCCUUUUGGCAACCCAAAAAGUUUCUACCUGGAACCAAAAAGGGUACUUCAAAGGGUUAUCCUGUGGGGACAGCUGAAGAACCCUUUUCGGUUCUAUAUAGCACCUUUUGUGUAGAUGGGCCAACCUAUGGGACCUCAUGUAGAUAAUACUACCAGAACGUACUGACUGGAAAACCUUGGAACUGUUCUAUGUUAUAGAAUGAAUCUAUAAUAUAGAUAGAACGGUUCUCCACUACAACAAAUGCAAACUAUUAUUCCAGGACCCAUUGUCCAACCUUUGAGCGCAGUUCUUGUUUUAACCACAGCAGGUCUCUCUUCCUCUGUAAAAGACACAACUUACCCUUGUACAUUCUGGUAGAGCACUGAACUGAGUUUUAACCAGAUGCUUUUAAUGGCAAAUUAUUUUAAACGAUAGGAGAUUAUGAAAUAUGUACGGUGCUGUUAACUUAGAUAAACUAAUGACCUUUUACUGUCAUACGAUCAUAAGUCUUAAUCAAACCUCUGGAGAAGAAAUCACCAUUUCAAAACGUUAAUCGGAUUAAAUACUAUAUUUUUCAUAAAUGUAUAUUUUUCAGUCAGACCACCUCGACAUAAACUCUGGUUGGUUUCAUAUGUUUUAAAAGCAUAUAAAAUAUUGUCUGUCUAUAAAGUUGGAAUGUAUUCAAUGUACUGUAUAGGCUACAGUGAUCUCCUAUGUAUGUUAUUGACAACUCUGAUCUUCUAAAUGACAAACGCUGUGGAAUUUGGUACAGUAUAUUAUCAUUGUCAAUAAUAACAACUCCAUCUAACAAA